AUGCAGAUUGACAGAUACAACAACGUGGAAGUGGCAGAAACAGUCGAAACGUCUGGGUAUUUUGAAUCACUCUUUGAGGUAUAUUGUCCUCUGAGUAAUGGAAGAGUAAAACGCUCCAAGAAUGCUGACCUUGCAGGUGAUUUUGUAUCUCGAGGGUUCCGUGUAUCUGUAAGCAAUGACGGCAAUGGAUACAGCGACGAAGACAGUAUUGUUAUAUUUGAUUCACAAUGCGUCGAUUGUUCUAAAGUAAAUGGGAAAAUAGUCUGCACUACAAAAACUGGAUUUUGCAUGAAAGGUGGUAAAUGCUUUCAUCCCGGCGAUAAAGUCGGCUGUCAGAUUUGCAAGACAAGCAGCUUUGGUUAUUCACAUUGGGAGAAUGGGCCAGAUUGCCUAACACCAGUCGCAACUGAAGAAAAUGAAACAUUGUGGAUAAUAGGAGCAGUUUUAGGAGCAUUUGUCUUCAUACUCCUUUCAGUUAUAGCUGUGAUGUGUUACUUAAGUAAAAGAGGACGAACGCCAAUCCAGAAGAUUAAAUUGGUGGCUGAAAUUAGAUAGCCUCUAUUACAAUUUGAUAUUUACAGAAAUAAUAUACUUUCAAAGACAAUAAUUGUUGAAUUUUGCUUUUUGUUUUUGUUUUAGCAAUUUUACAAGCCUUAAAGUGUCAUGUUUAUCAAUAAUGUAUGAUAAAUAAACACAAAUUUGUG